UAGUUUGCGUGGGGAAACUUAUUAAAGAAAUUAUACGUAAAGCUUAAGCAUGUUUCGGGGGGCUUAUAAAAUCCUUACCUUUUUAAAGACAAGAGAAACCAUGUUUUUAUGCAAGAGACGGCCGUUCAGCGAUCUAUUUGACAAAGGGGGCAGAGGCAGUGGCGGUAUCGACACGUAUCAUGUUAAACAUUUGCAGGGUAACAAGGGAAAAGAGGCAAGGAUCAUGGAGCUAACCGCACAAAUCGAGUCACUUGAAAUGCAAAUCAAAGCCCUCGAGAAAAGUAAAUCAGCUGAGGCGAAGGCUGCAAAGGGUGAACUUAUAUUAGUCCUCAAAGAGCUUAAACAAGCCCUCCGAAACAUAAGAAUGAAUAAAUAGUAUUAAAACUAUAA